AGAAGAGCAUCUAAUUUUUUUUUCUCCAGUCAAAUAAAGGAAUUCAUCUCAGAAUACAAGAUGAUUCAACCCUUUCUCGGAAAUAAAGAGUCUGACACAGAAAGAGGGUCUUCGGAAAACCAGUGGUCAGACCUGACUGUUAUUACCGCAGAGCAUCUAGCUAAAUGUUUUGAGGCACAACUUGUAAAAAUGAAAGCAGAAAUUACAUUUUCUUCUAGCGAUAUUAAAAGUGACCUAGCCAAGAUUGGAGAAAGACUAAUGGCUAUGGAGGAGAAGACUGAUAUUAUCUCUCUACAAACACAGACCAAACACUGGAAGGUUGAAAACAUUCGAAGAAAUAUAACCGGAAAGUUUGCUUAAUAAAAUUGGUGAUCUCGAAGGCAGGUCACGCAAAAACAAUCUUGGAAUAAGAGGCAUUCCUGAAAAUAUAACAUCCUCCAAAUUAGAAGACUACUGUGAAGACUUUUGUAACUUUUUGGUACUACUCUCAAAUAAUGAAGCUAAUUACUUCGAAAUAUGUCAUAGACUUAUCAAACCUAAAAAAACAAAGUGAUACGCGCUUGUGCCGCUAAAGAUUUAAAAGAUUCACUUUAUUCUCAAAUAAAACUUUUUCAAGGCUCAUCCUCACAAACAAGACUGAAUAGGAAAGCUUAUGUGUCUUCUACUGUUACACUGAGAAAAACACUGAAAAUAAAAUAUGCCUGGGGCUUCCCGAUAUGAUUGAACUUAACUUGUGAAAAUCAAAAAUUGUCACUAUCCUGAGCAGGUCAGGUAGGUGGACUUAUGGGCGGGCCUUGUAGGCAUUAUCC